CUCUUUUCAUAGACCAGAAUGAGCACAUUCUCAACCUUAAUUUCCUUGUAUCUUUUCCCAGGAGAACCCUCAACCACUUCAAGUCCAACUACCGUAGGCACCAGUCCAUCAGAUUCCACAACAGAGAAAGGAACCAGCUCUCCUACAGAGACCACUCCGCACCACACAACGAGCACCCCUGCAGAUGCAAGUACCACAGGAGAAUCCCCGACCACAGCAAGUCCAACUACAGAAGACCCUUGUCAGACAGGUGUCCGUGGCACCUGCAGUGCCUCAGGGGACCCACAUUAUAACACCUUUGACGGCAGAGUUCACCAUUUCAUGGGAAACUGCACCUACACCCUCUCCAAAGUCUGCAACGCCUCCGGGGGGCUCCCACCUUUCGACGUCUCCACCACCAACGAGCACAGGGGCUCCAAUACCAAAGUGUCCUAUGUAAAGUCCGUGCACGUGGAGGUCUACGGAACUCAGAUUUCCUUGCUGCAGAACAGGAAAGUGAAUGUGAACGGCACCAGAAGGAACCUGCCUGUGGAGAUUGAAAACAAGAUCAAGAUCCAGGUCAGCGGGGGCUACGUGCUCUUGGAAACCGAUUUUGGACUCUGGGUCAGAUUCGACGGCAAUCACUAUGCGGAGGUGUCAGUGCCCUGUGACUACCAGGGCCAGCUCUGUGGUCUGUGUGGUAAUUACAAUGGCGAUCCGAAGGACGACAACAGGAAGCCGAACGGCAGCAUUGCAGCAGAUUCCACAGAACUGGGCGAGAGCUGGCUAGCGGCGGAGAACAACACCGUGUGCUCCCCUGACCAACCUGGGAUCUGUGACCCUCAGCUGGAGAGUGAAGCGAGGAAGAACACGGCCUGUGGCAUGAUCACCGACCCCUCAGGCAUCUUCAAGGACUGCCACGGCCACGUAGCUCCACAGCAAUUCCUGGAAAACUGUGUGUACGACAUGUGUCACACUGAUGACCCGACAGCGUCCUUAUGCAACGGACUGCAGGCUUAUGCGGAGUCGUGCACAAAUGCCGGGAUCUGCAGAGAAUGGAGAAAUAGUACUCUGUGCCCAAUCUCCUGUGCCGAAGGAAGCCAGUACAAGAGCUGUGGGAGCAGGUGUCCUUCCAGCUGCGUGACUCCCUCUGCAUUUAGCCCUUGCAGCUCCUUGCCCGUGGAAGGCUGUUUCUGUGAGGAAGGCUACACUCUGAGCGGAGACACCUGUGUGCCUGAGAGCAAAUGUGGCUGUGUGGAUGGGAACAACCACUAUCAUCAGCUGGGUGAAAGCUGGUUUACCCACGAUGCCUGCAAGGAGCGCUGCACCUGUAACAGCAAUAACAGCAUUGCGUGCGCAGCCUGGGAGUGUGGGACGCUGGAGGAAUGCAGAGUGGAGGAGGGGGUGUUGGGUUGUUACUCCUCUGGGAGAGCAUCCUGUCAGGUGGCAGGAGAUCCCCACUACUUCACCUUUGACAAAGUGAUGCACACCUUCUUGGGCACCUGCACCUACACCUUGAUGAAAGUCUGCAACAGCAGCAGCGUCGUUCCAGUCACCAUCAGCGGCAAAAACGAAGAGCGAGGACUAAGAGGGGCCACAUAUCUCAAAGAGGUCUACAUCGACGUCUAUGGCAACCGGAUCACCCUGCAGAAGGACAGGGCAAUCCUGUUCAAUAAGGAGAGAAUCCGCACUCCAGUGAAGAACCGUUUACGAGGUGUAUCCAUAGGGAACGUGGGCAUUUACCUGGUGGUGGAAACUGACUUUGGACUGCUAGUGAAAUAUGAUGGAAAUCAGCACUUGGAAAUCAGCCUUCCAAAAUCUUACUUCUCCAAGGUAUGUGGCAUGUGCGGUAACUACAAUGACCAGCGUGGGGACGAGCUGCUCAUGCCCAAUGGCAUGCAGGCUAGCAAUGUCACACAGUUUGGAAACAGCUGGAAAGUGCAAGCUGACAGUGAUGCAGGCUGCUUGCCAGACACACGAGAAGAUCUGGGCCCACCUUGCAGCGUGGAGGACAAACCAGUUGUGGAAAAGCAGUGCAAUGUUUUAAAGUCGGACAUCUUCAAACCAUGUCACCAUCUGGUCGAGCCUGACCUCUUCAUCCAGACCUGCGUCUACGACAUGUGUAAAUACAACGGCAUGCUGUCCACUCUCUGUGGCAUCGCUCAGGCCUAUGUGGACACCUGCAAGCAGCAAGGAGUCAUCCUUAAAUGGAGGAACAGCACGUUUUGCCCGCUGCCUUGUCCAUCCAACAGCUAUUACACAGACUGUGCUUCUCCCUGCCCUGCGACAUGCAAUGACAUCUACGCGCCCUCCCUGUGUGAAAAGCCAGACGAGUGUGCGGAAGGCUGUGUGUGCAGCGAGGGCUACGUGCUGAGCGAUGACCAGUGUGUGCCACUGAGCGAGUGCGGUUGCAGGGAUAAGGACGAUAGCUACUACAGUGCGGGGGAGAGCUGGAUAACUGCCCAUUGUACCUACAAGUGCAAGUGUCAGAAGGACAAUAUCAUCAAGUGCCAGCCCUAUGGCUGCGAUGCUUCAGAGGUCUGUGUCCUCAACAACAAGGGGAAAUACCACUGUAAACCAACAGGCUUUGGGAAAUGCCUCGUCAUCGGAGACCCACACUACAUGACGUUUGAUGGCUUGAUGCAUCACUUCCAAGGCAAAAAGACAUAUGUGCUGUCUCAGACGGUCUCCAGCAUCUCUGACCGUCUGCCAGCCUUCAGCAUCGAGGGGAAGAACAAGCUAGUGACUAAAAGGCCAGACCUUUCCUUUCUCCAGGAGAUACAUAUCAGCGUUUACAAUCACACCGUGUGGUUGGGGCAGAAGAAGCAGCUAGUGGUGGAUGGAGUGAACACCAUUCCCCCAGCCCAGCCUCAUGAAGGUCUUCGCAUAUACCAGAAACCAAUGAGAAUCUACCUGGAGACAGAUUUUGGCUUAUCACUCAGCUACGAUGGUGUUGAAAACUUAGUGUGCAAAGUGGCUGGGUUGAAAGAAAGGAGUAAAGAUAAAGACCUCCGAGGCUUUGGGAAAUGCCUCGUCAUCGGAGACCCACACUACAUGACGUUUGAUGGCUUGAUGCAUCACUUCCAAGGCAAAAAGACAUAUGUGCUGUCUCAGACGGUCUCCAGCAUCUCUGACCGUCUGCCAGCCUUCAGCAUCGAGGGGAAGAACAAGCUAGUGACUAAAAGGCCAGACCUUUCCUUUCUCCAGGAGAUACAUAUCAGCGUUUACAAUCACACCGUGUGGUUGGGGCAGAAGAAGCAGCUAGUGUGUGCAAAGUGGCUGGGUUACAAGAUAGGAGUAAAGAUAAAGACCUCCGAGGUGGGUCAGAGCCAGACAGAGUGA